AUUUGAUUUUGAAUCUUCGGCCACUGUCCUUUAACUUGAAGUAUUAUUAUUUAACUUAAGUAAUUUUGUUCUUUUAUUUUUAUUUUAUAGGUAUGCCCUAUUAUGGUUGUAGUUCCGUGUGCUCAAUGUGACAAUGAGUCCUAUGACCUUGCUAUAUUUAAUUUGCACUUUAAUUAUGGUUGUAGUUCCCUGUUCUCAAUGUGACAAUGAGUUUUAUGACCUUGCUACAUUUAAUUUGCACUUUCGUACCUCACAUCAGACCUGCACAAAGUAUGAGUGCAAAGUGGUCAACUGCAACCGUAAGUAUAGUUUAUGGGGCUCUUUCUCAAGCCAUCUAGUUCACUAUCAUAAUUUUCCACGUCAUAGGUCUAUUGAAACCCCCCUGGUCACUCUAAGUUCUGCUACAAGUCACUCCAUUUCAGAAUGUUAUGACUCCGAUUCUGUGGAAAUCAGGCAAGAAAAUGGACCAGAAAAUGGACCAGACAAUGAUGAGGUAUUGGAUUACAAAGCGAUGCUCAAAAAUCAACAAGAUGUUUUGGUUGCCAAGUUAUAUGCCAACCCAGCCUUUCCUCGCAAUCUUGUUGACAAAAUGGUUAAGGAUAUCAGCCUCUAUUUGUCUGGUCCUUUCUUUGACCACUUUCAAAGUCGGGUCCUUUCUUUUCUGUCAGAGUUCCCCGAUAAGCAAGCUGAGAUUCAAGAGAUGUUUGAAUUAGUAAUGAAUCCCUUUGCGCAUUUGGCAACUGAGUACAAGCGCUUUGCUUAUUUUGAGAAAUCUGGAGAUUUCAUCAAACCUGUACCUUAUGACAUUUCUUUUCAAGAGAAAAGGACAAAAAAGAAAUCUGUUGUAAAUCUAGAGAUGAAACCAGUUCAAGGCCAAUUUAUUCCUUUAGAACUUGUCUUAAAAUUAUUCUUUGAACUCCCAUUUGCCUUGAGUGAUACUUUAGCAUAUAUGAAAUCUCUUGAGCAGGAAAGUGAUUUGAUUUCUUACUUCACUCAGUGUGCUGUCUGGCAAAGGAAAAGAGCAAAGUUUGACCAAAGUGACAUUGUAAUACCUGUAAAUUUUUAUUAUGAUGAAUAUGAACCUAACAGUGCCUUAGGUGCUCAUCUGGACCCAUUAGGCUGUUCUUACGUGCAUAUACCAUGUCUUCCCACAGAUUGGAGUUCUAAACUAGAAAAUAUAUUUCUGGCUCUCUUGUUCGAUGGUCACAAUCGCUCUAUCUAUGGAAAUCUUAGAGUUUUCAGGCCUGUUCUUUCAGAGUUUAAAAAACUUCAAACUGAAGGCGUUAUUGUUAAUAGUCCUGAUCUUGGUGAUGUGAAAGUAUAUUUUGUUCUUGGUGUCAUCUUGGGUGACAACAAGGGCCUUCAUGAAAUCUGUGGCUUUAUGGAAAGUUUCAAUGCGAACUUUCUUUGCAGAAUGUGUAAGUGUUCUAAGCAACAAUUGCAUAGCAUGGUGAAAGAAGAUCCUUCACUCUUAAGAACCCCUGAGGAUUACGCAGCUGAUGUUGAGCUUAAUGAUUCUGAAGUUACUGGUAUAAAGGAAAAGUGUGUGUUCACUAGGAUUCCGUCCUUUGAGGCGCCAACUGACAUAUGUGUAGAUGAGUUCCAUGAUGUAAUUGAAGGAGUAGCGCAUUACACGAUGUUACCUGUACUGAGACAUUUUCAUGCUAUAAAUAAGAAUUUUCUGCCUACUUUAAAUAAUCGUAUGUAUUGUAUUGAUCUUGGCAUUGACAGUGAUAACAGGCCACCAUUAAUUAAUGCUGAUAGACAAAGCAAGGAUAAGCUUAAAAUGACAGGGGCAGAAAUGUACACUUUCAUUCGCAUUUUUGGUGUUCUGGUCAAGGAUAUGGUUCCAGAAGGUGACCGGUAUUACAAACUGUACCUUCUUUUGCAUGACAUUCUUUCACUUGUUAAAGCCAAAGCUUUGUCAAAAUAUGCUAGUGAUCUGAUUGAAGUUGCAGUGAAGGAACAUCAUGAGCUGUACAUGAUACUAACGAAAGAGGAUCUCAAGCCAAAGCACCACUUUUUAAUUCAUUAUUUUAGAUUAUUUUUAUUAUUUGGAUGCUUUGGACCACUCUCUACCACUAGGUUUGAGGGAAAACAUAAGCUUCUAAAAUCGACUUCUAAUGUGUGCAGUUCUCGUCAAAAUCUCCCUGUAACUGUUGCUAUUAAGCAGCAGCUUGGCCUUUGUUUUAGGAGUGUGGCAAAGUCUACUCCUAGGCACUCCAACUCCAUGGUGGUUGGGCCAGUCAACUUUGUAGACUACCCAGCAUUUAGUCUCACUUUGCCAGAUUUUGUUUUUGACAAUCCUCACCAAAAUGUUACAAAAUGGGUGGAUUUUAAAGGAACCAGGUACGAGCAGAGACAGGUUCUGGUCAUUCGAAUUGAAGAUGGUCUUUUUCAAUUUGCUGAAAUCAAAACAAUUGUAGUAUUAGAGGAGAGUCCUUUAUUUCUUUGUUCUCCAUUUGAGACUAUUGGAUAUUUCAGUGAUGUCAGAGGGUAUGAGCUUGAGCACAACACCACAGGUGCAUUGAAAUGGAUUUCUGUACAUCAUUCGAAGCUCUUGGACCCAUCCCCACUCUGCUUGUUUACCAUGUCUACUGGUGAGAAAGUUGUUGUUAUGAAGUAUUUCAUGUAGAUUAGAAUUAUGCAAAGAUUUAUGUACCUGAAGUCUUGUGCCAUUUUUGUUUUUGGUUUUAGUAAAUUUUGUUUACAUCUCAUCUAUCUUUUCCCUUUGAAAUCCCAAAGAACCUUCACGAAACAUUACCAGUACAUCUAAAGACAUUAGCUCUGCUGCCAAUAGAAUUAGCUGUGCAGCUAAUAAUUUUAGCAAGACACUCAUUGGAAGUUACACAGGCAGCUACUUUUAUUUAUGUAUGGUGCUAAAACAGAUUAGCUGCACAGCUAAUUCGGUCCAGCUAAUAAAUUUAGCUGUACAGCGAGGGAAUUACUUAUCUCUCAGAAAGCGAAUGUUUUAAGCUGUACAGCUAAUUUUUACCUG